CAUCAGUAUCAUAUACUUCUUUCACUUUUCAGCUUCUGUGGGUGAACCUCAUAAUGGACACACUUGGAGCUCUUGCAUUAGCAACCGAGCCUCCAACAGACAACCUUAUGAAGAGAAAUCCUGUUGGUCGAAGGGAACCUCUUGUUACAAAUAUCAUGUGGAGAAACUUGUUUGUUCAGGCCCUUUACCAAGUAGCAAUUCUUCUGAUUUUCGAUUUUGAUGGAGUAAGGAUUCUGCGUCUGCAGAAUGAAAGCCGAUCUAAUGCUGAGAAGGUAACAAAUACUUUCAUCUUCAACACAUUUGUAUUUUGCCAGUGGAGUAUUUGUUCUUCAAUAAUUUAAGAAUCAUAACAGAAC